AUGACCUGGUCCACCUCGCUCGUUCCCCAAGUAGCCACCGCCGUGCCCUCGUUCGAGCCGCACACUCCACCACCCAUCUGUGCCGGAGCAACAGGCGUCAUGGACCCCUACGCCGCAACAUGGGUGCCCUCAGAGUACGACACGCCGUACGGUGGCAACGACAUGCCGACAGAGGACCUGUUGCUAGUCAAGCCCGCACCAAACGCCUUGGCACGCCCCCUCCACUCGUACAUGGCGCCGCUUUCCAUCACUUCGCAGCCCCCAACAAGACCCCUCUCGCCGCCCCCGUCGAAGCGGAUCGACAUGCGCCUAGCACAGCCAGGAUCUGAAGAGUCAAAACCGGGCUACCUGACACCGCUGGCGUCCUACACCGCGCAAACGUUUUGGUACUUUUGGUACGCAGACAUGUUUGGCGCACCUCCCCACCUCGACGCAAGUGCGCGCCGCCUGAGCGAAGACCUGAGCUCGUCGACAUCACGUCCCUUUGACAGCGAAGGCCGCCCACGGCAUCCGAUCCACCCAAGCAACUUUCAGCCCAACUUGGCGUUCAACCAGUUUGUCUACUCGGUCCUGCACAGCACGCAGGUGUCGUUUAGCGUCACCAUCCUGGCCCUCAUGUACACAUACAAGUACAAAAAGAUCCAGGCGCUCGGCAUCCGCAAGCCCUACCAUGCCGAGGUAUCCGAGGCCCAGGGCUUUGUUACCGGCCUGAUGCUUGCCAACAAGUACCUCGACGACAACACGUACACCAACACCACCUGGGCCCAGUUCCUCGGCAUGCCCGUCAAGGAUGUUAACGAGUAUGAGCUCGAGUGGCUCGAUGCCCUCGAGUUCAACCUCUGCAUCCGCACCGACGAGUUUGAAACAUGGCGCGCCAUGCUCGACGCUCAUGUGCGUUCUCGCGAGCGAGGAGACGCCUCGGCAUCGUUUGGUGCUGGCUUCGGAUCGGCGGGCCAAGGCGUGCGUGCCCGGUCUGCGUCGCCGCCCCUCGGUUACUACAGCCCGUCUUCUGGUCUUGCGCCUGCGCCCGAACAUGCCCUUCGCAAGCGAUCGGCCCGCGACGCUUUUGCCGCAGACACCGUCCACAACGCGGGCAUGUACGAGGCUGCGCGCCUCGACCCCCGCAAGUCGUCGUUUGUGUCGCUCGGCCAAGCACCGCUCUUCCAGCAGCAGCAGCAACAGCAGGCCGCCACCGCCGUCUCCACACCUGCUCCCGACUAUUCGCCUGCCGCCACCCUCGCGCGGUCGUCGUCCCUCAACCGACAGAUUGCGCGUCUGCCGGCCAACCCCCGCCGCGACUCUUCUGGCCAAGAGCAAAUGGUGCCCGCCGUCUUGGACUUGCGCCACGCAGCGGCGGCCAACGCGGCUCAGAACUGGCAGUACCCGUCCGCCGAGGCCAUCCAGUUCAACAAGGAGGAACGCUGGCGCAUCCCCCACCAGCCCCGCCUGUACUUUUUGCAGGCGGCCGCGACACCCCAGUUUGGCCCCGAUGGUCGCUACCACAAGGCCAUCCCCCACUACUUUGACCCCAACUAUGCCACGUACGACGUCGCCGCCGCCACUUACCAGGGCCAGCAGGAGAUCAUGGACAUUGACGCGGCCGCGGCUGCCCAGACCCAGAUGGACCUGGCCUCGGCUGACCCCGCCGCGGCGAUGAUGAUGAACGGCGCCAUGCCCAUGACCCAGCCCCAGGGCUACGUCAUGCCCAUGAUGCCCAGCCAGCCUGUGCACCACCACCCCUUCCUCGACUCGCAGCCCGCUCCAUUCGCAAACGCCGGGCCACCUGGCUACGUCUACGGCGCCCCCGGUUGGGCGCAGGCCAUGCCCCACCACCGGCAGCCGCCUCAGCCGCAGGUCUGGAGUGGAGCAGCGCGCUGGAAGGCCGGCCACAUGUCUCGCUGGAGCACCUCGUCGGACGACUUCAUGUUCAACCUCCCGCGCGUGCCAGUGUGCGCGGCCUCGAACGAGUACCCGACCAUGGCCAAUGGGUUCUAG